AUGGGUAGAAUCAUUACGGAUUCCAUAGAACCAUCGUUUUCAGAAUGGGAUGGCACUUCCAGCAAUACAGGUCCCAAGGGUGUCAUAAAAGAUUGGCAACGAUAUAAACAACUGCAAGCAGAAAAAAGAGAUGAACAAGAAAAAGAAAGACUUCAAUUAAUAAAGAAACUGAGUCUAACAUGUCGUAGCUCUUUAGAUGAAGAAAAAGAGAAAAUUAUGCAAACUGAUCCUGAUCUCGCUGAAUUAUUAACCGAUGAAUUUCUUCUACAAUAUCAAAAACAAAGAAUGAAAGAGAUGCUUGCAAGAACUGAGAAACUUUGUUUUCGUAGAGUAAUUAAUUUGGAAACAGCUGAUCAAUUUUUAGAAGCAAUCGACAAUGAAGACAAAUCAGUGACAAUUGUUGUUCAUAUUUAUGAACCUAAUGUUCCUGGCUGUGAGGCUAUGAAUGGUUGUUUAAUAUCCGUCGCAGAGAACUAUCCCUUUGUGAAAUUCUGUAAAAUUUUAGGUUCGGUAGCUGGACUCAGUAAACAUUUUAAGAAAGAAGGAGUUCCAGCUUUGUUAGUUUAUAAAGCUGCUCAAGUUAUAGGAAAUUUUGUUCAUGUAACAGAUUAUUUAGGAGUAGAUUUUUAUGCCUCUGAUGUUGAAGCCUUUUUAAUUGAACAUGGGAUGCUUGUUGAUAAAAAUUGUGUACCUCUCAUCACUUCACAUGAUGAACAUGCCUUAUCAGACAGCGAAUAAAUGAAACAAACUUUUUCAUAAU